AUGUUGUACACGCAUUUACAGAACGGAUAUUGUAGUACGCCUAACCACAUCGGUGCUAGAAAAUUAGCAAUGACUAUUACUGUACGGCUGCUUCUGUUUUCCUCACUGUUUCUGCUACCAGUUUCUGUGUUUGCUCAAGGUAGCAUAGCAGUCGGUGCUUCUCUUACUGCAACGGCAGGCAACUCCUCACCAUGGUUUUCUCCAUCUGGUGAUUUUGCCUUUGGAUUUCUGCCAUUUGGAAACAAUGAUCUUUUCCUGCUCUCAAUAUGGUAUGCCAAAAUACCAGACAGAACCAUAGUUUGGUAUGCAAAUGGGGAUAAUAAGCCUGCGCUUGCACCUAAAGGAUCAACUGUGAACUUGGCUAACAGUGGACUAGAGCUUACAAGUCCUCAGGGUGAAGAGCUAUGGAAAUCCGAAACCAUUGUUGGUGUUGUUGCCAAUGGGGUCAUGAAUAAUACUGGCAACUUCGUUCUUCAAGAUGGCAAAUCAGGAAAUUUAUGGGAGACCUUCAACAAUCCUACAGAUACCUUGUUGCCUGGACAGAAAAUUGAAAGAAAUGGGAAGCUUUCAGCUCGAUAUUCGGAGACUGACUAUUCAAAGGGACGGUUCCAGCUGCUUCUGCAAGAAGAUGGGAAUCUUGUGCUCAGCACCAUAAACUUGCCAACAGAAUUUGCCAACGAACCUUACUAUGAAACCGACACUACCUCAGGGACUGUGGCAGGUAGUAAAGGUAAAGAAUUGGUUUUCAAUGUCUCAGGGUACUUGUAUGUUCUGAGAGAGAAUGGUGGAAAGUACAAUCUUGCAGGGGAAGAGUUAGUCUCAGCAAGGGACAACUAUAUUAGAGCAACUCUCAACUUUGAUGGGAUUUUUGCUCAAUAUUAUCACCCAAAGAAUUUCACUGGAAAUGUAAGCUGGACUCUUCUGUGGUCAGAGCCAGAUGAUAUUUGCCGAAGAGUUACAGAAGAUUCAGGUUUUGGUAUUUGUGGGUACAACAGUAUCUGCAAGCUCAACGCUGAUAAUAGGCCAACCUGUCAAUGCCCAAGAGGAUUCUCUUUACUUGAUCCAAAGGAACCAUUCGGGAGCUGCAAACCGGAUUUCAUACAAGGCUGUGAAGAAGAUGAGCUUACUACCACAAAAGAUCCAUAUGAUGUAAUCGUGAUGACAAAUAUUGAUUGGCCAAUCUCAGAUUAUGCGGAGUUCAGACCUUUUACUGCAGAAAAGUGCAAUGAAUCUUGCUUUCAAGAUUGUUUGUGUGCUGUUGCUGUUUUCAGGAAUGAAACCUGCUGGAAAAAGAAAUUACCUCUCUCAAAUGGGAGAGUGGAUGUCAGUCUUAAUUCAAAGGCUUUCUUCAAAGUCAGAAAGGAUAACACAACUCUACAAUUUUCUCCAAUGCCAAAUCCAGAUGAUAAGAAGAAGAAGAGCAGUAACACUUUGAUACCCGUGGAAUCCGUAAUUCUGGCUACCUCUAUCUUUGUUAGUUUUAUGUUUAGUGCUGUUGUUUGUCUGGGAUUUUUCUUCGUUUUCCGGAAGAAACAAGUAAGGUCUAUCAAAAAUAUUUUGGACUCAAAUUUGUAUUCUUUUAGUUACCGAGAGCUUCAAGAAGCUACAAAUGGAUUCACAGAAGAAUUAGGAAGGGGUGCGUUUGGAGUUGUUUACAAAGGGACAAUACAAAUUGGUUCUGGUGUCCAAGUGGCAGUGAAGAAGCUAAACUGUGUGAUACAAGAUGGUGAGAAGGAAUUCAAGACAGAACUGCGCGUAAUUGGUAAGACACAUCACAAGAAUCUAGUUUGCCUGGUUGGGUAUUGUGACGAAGGGCAACAUCGAUUGCUAGUAUACGAGUACUUAAGCAAUGGCACGUUAGCAAGCUUCCUUUUUGCUGAUACAAAACCCAGUUGGACGCAGCGAAUUGAAAUUGCUUGUGGAGUUGCCAAAGGACUUUUGUACUUGCAUGAAGAGUGCAGCACCCAAGUCAUCCAUUGUGAUAUAAAGCCUCAGAACAUACUGCUUGACGAUUAUUACAUUGCUCGGAUCUCUGAUUUUGGAUUGGCAAAGCUUUUGAUGAUGAAUCAGAGCCACACUCAUACUGCCAUUAGAGGAACAAAAGGGUAUGUUGCCCCUGAGUGGUUCAGGAACAUGCCAAUCACUGCCAAAGUUGAUGUGUAUAGCUUUGGUGUUGUGCUGCUUGAAAUCAUUUGCUGUAGGAGAAGCGUUGAUGUGGAAAACAGCUGUGAAGAGAGAGCAAUUUUAACAGAUUGGGUGUAUGAUUGCUACCGUGAAGGGAUAUUAGAUGCUGUUCUUGAUUAUGAAGUUGAGGCAUUGGAUGAUAGAAAGAAGCUUGUGAUGAUUGGUAUUUGGUGUAUUCAAGAAGACCCAUCUCUUAGACCAACUAUGAGGAAAGUUGUGCAGAUGCUUGAAGGCGUGGUGGAAGUACAUGUUCCUCCAUGUCCAUCUCCGUAUACCAGAACAGCCUGA